UCAGUUGAGUUUCACUAUUACUUCGUUCUCCUAGCGUGUAAAGUGUGAAGCUUUUUUUCAUACUACGCUAGAGUCUCUGGAAUCGGUGCUAUCAGCAUUUAUCUGAAGAACUAUUAAACCUGCCAGAGUUGAAUUCUGUGAGAAAAUACAGAAUGAAGCAGGUUUUGGGGUUUUUUGCCUUUUUCAAAAUAUUUCUUUGAAUUUGGAAUAUGACCUACUUGAUCUCAGUCCAGAGGAUUAGUAAUAUAAUUCUGGAGCUUCGGGUUUUUCUUAUGGAAAAGCUAUAGUCUAAUACAUUGUCUUUUUACUUGGUGGAAACAGAAUGGCUGCCGCACAGUGUAGCCCAUAUAUUGUGAAUUCCAAGGGACAGAGCAAAGGGACAAUAUUGAUAAUGAAAAUGGACAUGAAGGAUGCUGAUAUGACUCUAUGGACAGAAGCUGAAUUUGAAGACAAGUGUACCUACAUUGUAAAUGAUCAUCAAACAGAACCCAGCUCUGCAGAAGGUUGCACCAUAACUCAGGCCGAAUCAUCUUUGCCAAGGAACUUGAUUUUCAAAUAUGCAGGAAAUUGCAAAGAGGUUAUUGGAGUUAUUAGCAAAGAUAUUAUCCCCAAAGGAACACGCUUUGGACCAUUGGUUGGUGAAAUCUAUACCAGUGAUACCGUUCCUAAGGAUGCAAAUAGAAAAUAUUUCUGGCGGCAACCAUAUGGGAAGAAUAAAUUUUGUUUCUCAAAUGAAGAAUUGAAGCUGUGA